AUGGUGGGGGAAAAUCUACAUGAUGUUGAGUUUUUUGAGGAUGAAUACAGUGGAAGUAAGGAAAGUGUUAGUGAGGGUCCUUGGAGUGAGGGUAGUAGGAGUGAGGAUGAUGAGAUUAAGGAUGAAGACUUCUUUGUGGAUUUAGAAAAUAUUGUAGAUGAUGUGGAUAUUGAUAUGAAAGAAUUUCAUAUACAUGUUGAUGAAGAUGUUGAGUGGGUUCAAAAAAUGACCAAAGAAGCAAGUGGUAGUGGUGUUGACUUUAAUGAAGGUGAAGAUUUGGAAGUCACAGACCCAUAA